CAGGGAAGAAAAGCAUACAUAGAUAGAUAGAUAGGUCGCAGGGAUGGGCAUGGGCAUGUGGCAGUGGCUCCCAAAGCCCAUUGUCUGAACGCGGCACGCACGCACACACAUUUUCACCACUUGCCAUCAUCUCCUUUCAAUCUUCACUAUAUAUACUGUUAUUACUACACUACCCCCCACAUUCCAUUACCAUUACCAUUACCAUUACCAUUACCAAUUACCAUACCCCCUUUUGCUUCUUCUUCUUCUUCUUCUCUUUCUUUCUAAGGAUCAAGAACUGGCUAAACAAUGGCCAAGGGUGAUCAUGAGUUCUAUCCCUAUUAUUAUGCUUCUUCUUCUUCUUCAACUACUACUUCAGCAUCUACUCUAAUGAGGAGUAUUUCUCAGAAGACAUCCUCAACUAAUUUCAAGUCUCCUCUCAUGAGGACUUUUUCACACAAGAACUCAUCUUCAUCUUCUUCUUACAACUCCAUUCUCACCCCUCAUCCUCUUUCAAAGGAUUGUUUGCAGAAAAGCUCUUCUUGUUCUUCUUCUUCUUCUUUGUCCAGGCAGCGUGUAGUAUCAUCAUCAAAGAGAUCUUCUUCUUCUUCUUCAAUGAAGUGUUCAGAAAUUGCCCAUAAAUGUACCAGACUUGUUAAGGAGCAGAGAGCCAGGUUUUACAUCAUGAAGCGUUGUGUCAAGAUGCUUGUCUGCUGGGGCAAACAUGAUGGAUCUUAAGGAUUCUAGAUUUCUAGAUUUAUUUUUUCUUCUUUUUCCCCUCUUUGGAGAGUGUUGUAAUAUCAGUAGUAGUGAGUU